AUGGGAGACAACGAUCAGUCUACUCUUUCAAAGCUACUCGCAAAGCCACGUGUACAUUUUGGCUCUUUAGAAGAAGUUGAAGCAAAGCGAUUGAAAGUAAGCGAGACAGCGACAGCUUCCAGUGGAAUCGAUCUCGAUGCACUCGCUGAGGCUCAAGAUCACGAUCUGUCAGAGUCAUCGGCUAGAGCAAGAGAAGCAGACAGAGAAGUUCUCGAGGAAUUUGAACGUAGAAAGCGUGCACGUCAACUUGCUGUCCCAACAGACGAUGUUCGUGUCCGUCAACGACUAAGAGAGAUUAAUGAACCACAAUGUCUGUUUGGUGAAGGUCCUGGUGACAGACGUGAUCGUUUGAGAUAUUUGCUGUCAAAACAAGGUGUAGAUGUUGGAAGCGAUUCAGGAUCUGAUAGUGAAGGCAGUGAGGAUGAGAAUAUGGAGGAGUUCUUUACACCAGGAUCUAUUGAACUCUUGGAAGCACGAAAGUGGAUCACUUCUUACUCUCUUCCCCGGGCAAAGGCACGGAUAGAAAAGCAAAAGGUUGAAAUGGAUAUCCCAUUGGUGCAAUUGCGAACAGGGCGUAAAGAGCUCCAGGCUAAACUCAAGGGUUAUACAAACUGGGCUUCACAAAUGGUGGAUGAACGACCAGUUGCACAGUGUGCAUUCAGCCCGGAUUCGAAAAUGCUUGUAACCGGCGCUUGGUCUGGUCUGUGCAAGUUGUGGUCUGUGCCAAAUUGUGAACCUAUCAUGACAUUCAAAGGGCACACUGAUCGAGUUGGCGGUGUCGCAUUCCACCCUGAAGCAACUCUUAGCCAAAGUAAAAGCUCAGUCAAUCUUGCAAGUGGAAGUGCCGAUUCAUUGGUUCAUCUGUGGAGCUUGGAUAAAGAAACACCUUUGGCUACAUUGAAAGGUCAUGCUAGACGCGUUGCACGUGUUGCAUUCCACCCUUCUGGUAGAUACUUGGGAAGUGCAAGUUUUGAUGGAACCUGGAGAUUGUGGGAUGUAGAAACUACAAAAGAGCUUUUGCUCCAGGAAGGUCAUUCCAAAGAAGUAUACGCAAUUGCAUUUCAAUGUGAUGGCAGUCUUGUAGCAAGCGGUGGUUUGGAUGCUAUUGGCCGUGUCUGGGAUACAAGAACAGGAAGGUCUGCAAUGACAUUGGAAGGUCAUGUAAAAGAUAUCAUUGGUGUUGAUUGGUCUCCAAAUGGUUAUCAGCUUGCGUCAGCCAGUGCUGAUAAUACUGUAAAGAUCUGGGAUAUUAGAAAAUUACGCAACAUCUACACAAUUACUGCACAUCAGUCACUUGUAUCGGAUGUGAAGUUCAGUAAGGGGACAAGUAUGUCUUCUGAUAUUGCAGGUCUCUACUUGUCGACCGUGGGAUAUGAUGGAUGCGUGAAGAUCUGGUCUGGAGACGACUUUAGAAUGAUCAAAAGUUUGGAAGGACAUGAGGGCAAAGUAAUGGGAGUAGAUAUCUCAAAUGAUGGAAAAUACUUGGCAUCCACAGGUUUUGACCGAACAUUUAAGCUGUGGGCUGAUGAAAACAUGAUGCUUGAUUAA